CUGCCAGUGAAACCACAGAAGAAGAAGCAGCACAUCACACGUCCUUGAGCCGCCGAACGAGCUUCACAUUUAAGACUCUCGUUGCUCGCAGAUGCGGCUGAGAUGAGCGCACGUGUCGCUGCGAGAUGUGCUGGUGACUAUUCACAGGUUUCCGUUCACUGCCCCACAGACUCCCUUGAACCAUGGCGGUCCAGGUGACGGAGUCCGACCAAGUCAAACAGUUUAAGGAGUUCCUGGGGACCUACAACAAGGUGACGGAGAACUGCUUCAUGGACUGCGUUAAAGACUUCACCACCAGGGAGGUGAAACCGGAAGAGUCGAGCUGCUCGGAAUCGUGUCUGCAGAAGUACCUGAAGAUGACUCAGCGGAUCUCCAUGAGGUUCCAGGAGUACCACAUCCAGCAGAACGAGGCCCUGGCUGCCAAGGCCGGACUGCUGCACUGACCUCUAAUGUGAAACCAAGCAUCAUGGAUGGACUAAUUAAACAAUGACUUAUGUAGAAUCAUUAUUGAACUGUUUUUCUUCUGGAAAUAAAACCGGUUACUGUGUUCAGAACUUGAA